AUGGCGUACCGGGGCCAGGGCCAGAAGGUGCAGAAGGUGCAGAAGGUGAUGGUGCAGCCCAUCAAUCUCAUCUUCAGAUACUUGCAAAUUAGAUCUCGAAUUCAGGUGUGGCUUUAUGAGCAAGUGAAUAUGCGGAUAGAGGGCUGUAUCAUUGGUUUUGAUGGGUAUAUGAACCUCGUAUUAGAUGAUGCAGAAGAGAUUCAUUCUAAAACAAAGUCAAGAAAACAGCUGAGUCGGAUCAUGCUAAAAGGAGAUAACAUUACUCUGCUCCAAAGUGUCUUCAACUAGAAAUGAUCAGUGAAGUGAGAAAUUGUUGAGAAGGCAAUACAGUUUUUUUAGGUGUCCUUUGUUAGAAGU